AUGUCAGUAAGGACACAUGAAUUUCAAAAAGAAGGGAUGAAAUUCAUGGACGAUAACUUGACUGUUCUUCCGGUAUUUCUAUAUCCUGAGGAAUUGAAGAGCGCUGAUUCAACUGGUUCUUCCACUCAAAAGCCUGAAACUGGUACAAAACGCGAGAGGGAUUCAGAUUUGCAGAGUGAUGAAAUUGAUUCGGCAUUAAUAUACAAAAAGGAAAUUUUAUCAUUGAUGUUCAAUCAAAGUCAAAGAUCAGAUGAUCCUAAAUCAUCCAAUAAGAAAAAAUCUAGAAUUGAUGAAGAUCUUGAUAUAGCUAUGAAUAUUCCUGAUGAAACUCAAUCAGCGGGGAGUUCAAAUAAUGAAGAUUCAUUACGUGAUCGUAGAAGGGAAAUAUUUCCAAAAAGAUUGCCAAAAUCUCAACCUUCAUCAGCAUCUAUAGCUUAUAUUUGUAAAGGACCUGAUUACAAAGGAAAAUUUGAUCCAAUGGCCGCAAAAGCUUUAGGAUUGAGUCCUGGACGACAAUAUUCUGAAUUAGUGAAAGGAAAUUCCGUUAUGGCUCCAGACGGAACAACUGUUCAUCCUCAUCAAGUUCUUGGACCAUCGCGACCUGGCUUGUUUUUUAUGAUUGUGGAUAUUCCUUCCACUUCUUAUAUUACUUCCGUUUGCGAUUCGCCUGAAUUUUCUACAUAUCAGACAAGUAAUAAGGACUUACAACCUCGGGUUAUAGUACAUAUGAUUGGUAAUGAUGUGCUGGAAGAUCAGAGGUAUCAGGAAUGGAUGAAAAAGUUUGGGCCAGAAACUGAGCAUGUAAUUGCAAAUGAGCAAUAUUGUCCUCAAAGAAUUAUUUAUCACAGUUCUGCGCUUAGCCAAUUGAAAUUAUCAAAGAUUGACGAAAAAAUUUUUCGCGUCCCGUAUUAUUCCAAUAUACCCGCCAAGGAGUUAAAAUCAUUGAGCAAUAUUCCAAAGAAGACAUCAUUUGCUGUUCCAAUGAUGAUGUAUCAAACAGAGCCGAGUUUUAAGAUCGACACGUCGCAGAUAGAACCUCCAUUUGAUCAUAAGAAUCCUGAUUCAGAAGCUGUAAAAUCUUUGAAUGGAUUAAAUGAUUAUUUAAAUGUCGUGAAAGAAGUUAAAAGUGAUGUUAUAAAUUCACAAUCAGAAGCAAAAGAUAUUCCUGGAAGUGAUAUUUCCGUGACAACGCUUGGGACAGGAUCAACUUUGCCUUCAAAAUAUCGAAAUGUAAGUGCAAGUUUGAUUACCAUUCCGAAUAAUGGAUUUAUUCUUCUCGACGUUGGGGAGGGAACAUUUGGAUCAAUGUUGCGACAUUUCGGUCCAUAUGGUCAUCCUCAUGGUGAUGGCCAGAUAAGUUUAGAGAAUUGUAUAAGUAAUUUGAAAUGCAUUUUUAUAUCGCAUAUGCAUGCAGAUCACCACCUUGGAAUAAUUAGAGUCUUGAGUAAAUGGAAUCAGUUACAUCUGGGUGAGAAAAAUGCAGCAAUUUUUGUACUUGGACCUACCAGAUUAUGGAAAUGGCUUCAGGAAUAUAGUGAUGUUGAAAAUUUUGGAAUCAGUAAAAUUAAAUUCAUAAAUAAUAAAGAUCUAUUAUUUUCGAAACAAAGAGGAACAAACUUUGGCUUAAAUAGCCUACAAGACUUAAAGAAUUGUAUGGGAAUUAGUAAAGUUGAAACAGUUGCUGCAAUUCAUUGUCCCAGUUCUUUUGGAAUAAGUCUCGCACAUCGUGAUGGCUGGAAAAUUGUUUAUUCCGGCGAUACGCGACCUUGUGAUGAUCUCGUACGCGUUGGUAAGGAUGCAACACUUUUAAUUCAUGAGGCUACCUUUGAAAAUGAUUUGAUUGAGGAAGCCUUAAAUAAGCAGCAUAGUACAACUGAGGAAGCUGUUUCAAUAGGAAGAAGGAUGAAUGCGCAUGCUUUGCUACUAACUCAUUUUAGUCAAAGGUAUCCCAAAGUUCCUGUAUUUACAGAUGAUCACGGUAUAGUAGGAAUUAGUUUUGAUUUAAUGGAGGUGAAUAUUGGAGAGUUUUACAAACUUCCAAAAUUUGUUAAUGCAUUAAAAGUAUUGUAUUCGGAUGGAAGUGAGGAAGCUAAUGAGGAAAGUGAUAAUGAAGUUUAA